AAAAUAGUGCUGAGCUGAAGCAAAAGCCACAGUUGGCUGCUGAGCUUCAACCACAUCGUCCAUUGUAUUAUAACAUUUGCCAGUUGCCACCAUGGAAAUGGACUGAGAUUAGCACUCCUUAUGUAUUCCACCAUCUAACAACAAGAAGAAGCAGUUCAAAAGAAAGAAUUCAUGUCUUCCAAACCCAGUUUCAGUUUCCUUAUCCUCUUCAUUUUUUCGUUACUACCUCUCAUCUUCUGCAUCUCCACCAAUGCCCCACCUCCGCCCACCGUCUGUAUUGUCGGCAGUGGCAUCGGCGGUUCAUCCGUCGCCCACUUCCUCCGCCACUACUUCCACCCCACGCCAACCCAACCCAACCCUCCAAUCAUCAAUAUCUUCGAGCGUAGGUCCAUCGUCGGUGGUCGCAUGGCCACUGUCUCAAUCGGCGGGGAGACUUUUGAGGCUGGUGCUUCGAUUCUUCACCCUAAGAACUACCACGCGCUUAACUACACGAAGCUUCUCGGGUUGAAGAUCAAACCACCCCCUUCCUCGGAGGACGAUGAUUCGAUGUCGUUUGGGAUUUGGGACGGGAAGAAGUUUGUUUUCAAAACCCUUCAAGUUGAUUCCAAGUUCCCGGUGGUGCAGAAGAUUGUUUCUUUUGUAAAUUCUUUCUACUUGUUUUUCCGCUACGGCUUCUCCCUUCUCAAGAUGAACAGCUUCGUUGAGAGUACUGUGGAUAGCUUCUUGAAGUACUAUGAACGGCCUGAAACGAGGCCUGUUUUUGAGACUGUGGAUGAGAUGCUUAAAUGGGCUGGUUUAUAUAAUCUCACAACUCGAACUUUGCAAGAUGAACUCAUUGACAUCAAGCUGUGUCCUUUAUUGAUAGAGGAGCUUAUCACUGUCAUAACAAGAAUCAAUUAUGGUCAAAGUGUCUAUGUCAGUGGACUUGCUGGGGCAGUUUCAUUGGCAGGAUCUGGGGGAGGAUUAUGGUCCAUUGAAGGAGGGAACUGGCAGAUGGCUGCUGGACUAAUUAAUAGCUCUGAUGUUUCUUUGCACCUGAAUGAAGAAAUACAAUCCAUCUCUUACCUUGGAGAAUAUUAUGAACUUAACUCCACGAAAGGAAACAGUUACUCAUGUGAUAUCACUGUGGUCGCUACACCCCUUGAUGAAGUGAAUAUCCAGUUCACACCUUCAAUUUCAAUUCCUGAGAGGAACCUGCAGCAUACACACGCAACUUUUGUGAGAGGCCUCUUGAAUCCAGCAUAUUUUGGCCUGAAAGCUGUUGCAGAGAUUCCAGAACUCGUUGGCACGUUAGAGGAUCCUGACCUUCCAUUCUCAAGCAUUUCAGUUCUCAAGCAACAUUAUGAAAAAGAUGCAACUUACAAAAUAUUCUCUCGAGAACCAAUGGCAGAUGCAUUGCUGGAUAGCAUUUUUAGUGCAAGGCUGCAUACAAUUCGAAUAAACUGGGGAGCCUAUCCUCAUUACGAAGCACCUGAAGUAUUUGCACCGUUUAUUUUGGAUAGUCAACAUUUGUACUACGUGAAUGCAUUUGAGAAUGCAGCUAGUACCAUGGAGACAAGUGCUGUUGCAGCUGAGAAUGUAGCGAGGCUCAUCUUGUCAAGAUAUUUUAGUGAAGCCUCCAUGGAUUCAUCAAAUUUGAAGAGCUUUAGUCCUGCUGCAGACACAUCACACUGGGACUUGUAACUUAAAGCUGAUGUAGAUAUUAGUAUGAAUAAUGUGAAAUCAAAUUGUAGAAUAUACAAAGACAAACCAGUAUUUGCCCAUGUUGUAAAAUCCUUGUGGAGCUGUUUUGUUUUUCUGAGUA